AUCGGUAGGAUUGAUUGAAUUUUUUCGUAAAAAAUUAUUUUACACGCCUUCAACCAAUGUUUUUAUUGAUAAUUUCAAUAAAAAAUUGUAAAUUAAAGUUUACGUGUUAGUUGAAUGUAAUAAUAUAUUCAAUAAUUGGUAUAAGACAACAAAUUAGAAUAAUCGAAAAGUUUUGAUUAAAAAAUAUAUUUUAUACAUAUAUUAAAAUAAAAAAAAAUAUGAACGACAUUGCAAGUACUUCUAAGGACUUGCCGGGUUGCAAUAUGUCGUCUUCAACAUCACUUGGACAAUCGGCCUGGGAGCAAUUAACAGCUCCACAAAAUCAAAAUGAUGCGGCAGCGGCUAAUAGUAAUAUUUUGACAUCUACAAGUACUGUUCUAUCUUCGGCUAUAACUCCAACAAAAACAACAGCAUCUGAUAUACCAACGGCGCAUACCCCAACACAAGGACCCCCAUCAACAUCUUUUACUGGACAUUCUGGAUAUGGUGAAGAAUUGACAACCGAAUUAGUUAAUCAGGGUUGGCGAAAAUUUUGGUCGAAGCGUGAAAACCGCCCAUAUUAUUGGAACAAAAUCACUGGAGAAUCACUAUGGGAAAUGCCAGGUGCACAUAAUCGUCCAUUUGAUCCAGUAACAGAUCCGUUAGGUAUAUGUCCUGGUGGCCAACAUCCAAAUGGUCCACCAGGUAUGAUGAAAAGGCGGUCUUCAGAAGAAGUCCAUGGACCAAAUCAAGGCGGUCCAGCUGCAAAAAAGAUGUAUGCUUUAACCGGACCAUGGGAUUUAGAGAUUUUUACAAAUGUUGUUAUUGUUGAACGUCCUCCUACAUUGUUACCACAUCCACACCCUGAAAUUGAAGCUAUGCGUGCUGCUUGUACAAUGAAACUCGUUCGCACAUACGAAGAUCUAUGCGUUCGUAGAGAAAACAUUAAAGCUCCAAAGGAUUCUUUUAAUCGAUGGUUGAUGGAGCGAAAAAUAAUUGAUCGGGGCUGCGAUCCUCUUUUACCCAGUAAUUGUCAACCAGAAGUAUCACCAUCAAUGUAUCGAGAAAUAAUGAAUGAUAUUCCAAUAAAAAUUGUUAAACCGAAAUAUACUGGCGAUGCUCGCAAACAAUUAUCAAGGUAUGCACAGGCUGCGAAAAAUAUUUUAGAAUCUCGUUCUGCACCACCUGAGAGUAAAAAAGUUGUUAAAUGGAAUGUUGAGGACACAUUCCAAUGGUUGAGAAGAACUGUUGGUGCAAGUUAUGAAGAUUUUCAAGACAGAUUAGCUCAUUUGAAACGUCAAUGUGAGCCACAUCUAAUUGAAACGGUUAAAGGAACAGUUGAAACAUUAUGUAGUAAAAUUUAUCAUUUAUCGGCUGACAACGCGAAAAAAAUCAGAGAUAGGCACAUGCAAUUAUUGAAGGAUCAUGGAAUUCCUGAGCCAUCCCCACCGCCCCCACCCCCUCAAUUAAAAAAAGUAUGGUGUUAUCCAAUUCAGUUUUCUGUGCCAUCACCUCGUAUGCCUGUUGUUGAGUACAUUCCUGAUCGGGAUCACAUGGUUAUUAAAUAUACGCCUUCAUUGAUGACAACUCCUGACGCAUUGUAUAUGAACUUAACACAUUUACAUAAAUUGGAACAUUUAUAUCGAUAUAAUUGUUUUGAUGAUAAAAAAUUUGACCUAUUUAUUGGUCGUGUUUGGUGCCUGUUGAAACGUUAUCAAACAUUUUUGGGUAAUGCAUUAAAUUCGUCGAAAGAAGCUGAAAUGACGCAAGCUUCGUUACCAGUUCCAGUUUUUGAAUGUUUGCAUCGACAUUUUGGUGUUACUUUUGAAUGUUUUGCUUCUCCCUUUAAUUGUUAUUUUCGGCAAUAUUGUUCAGCUUUCCCAGACACAGAUGCCUAUUUUGGAUCAAGAGGCCCAUUUUUGGAUUUUAAACCAAUAUCAGGGUCUUUUGAAGUAAAUCCACCACAUUGUGAUGAACUAAUUGAUGCAGCUUUAAUGCAUAUCGAUAGUUUAUUGAAAGAUACUAUAGAACCAUUAAGUUUCAUUGUCUUCCUUCCUGAAUGGAAAUGUGUAGCGAAAUUAGACGAUAAUAUUUACAGAAGGCGUUCAGUAAUAAUACUUGGAAUGGCGCAUGAAUAUCGACAUGGUUAUCAGCAUAUUAUUCCAAAAGCUGAUGUAAAUGUUAAAUGUAUGCAUGGUACUCUUGUUAUAUGGUUGCAAAAUAAUGCUGGUUAUGCACGUUGGGGUCCUACAGAAGCACGUGUGGAUGCUUUACGUGAAGCAUUUAGACCCGCUCGAGAUCGUGAGCGUGAAAAAGCUUCAACAGCUGCUGCAACAGCAAAUCAACAAUCUGGUUCAUCCAACUCCCAGCCAUCUCAACAACAGUCUCCAAUCCCAACGAGCCCAGCUGAAAGUAUAUCAUCGCCAACCAGUGCAAUAACAACCACAACACCAUCCUUGAUCAAUGAUGGUUCUGUGCCGGCAUCUCCUAUAUCAUCAUCAUCAAUAUUAGCUACCACACCUAAUCCAUCAAUAAUUUCAUCAACAGGUUAAGAGUUAGGCAUAUAAUAGUUAUUUUUGUUAUUAAGGAUUAUUAUAAAAUUUUCUACACUUUUAUUUUUUACAUAUAAGAAUAAAUUAUAUAUAUGUAUAUAUAAUAAUAUAUGUGUAUAAAUAUAUGUAUAUAUUAUUACUGCACAUACAUAUUUAUAUGUAAAUAUAAAUUCAUAUGUAUAUGUAUGAUAUUGUAAGUAAAUCUUAUAAAUUAUAGGCAUAUUUUAAUGAUAAAUACACAAUUUAUUUUUGAUUUUUUGUAUUUAUUCUUUUACUUUCAUUUAAUUGUAAAGAAAAAAAUUUAAAUUGACUGUGGACAAAGAGGGAUAACAUAGAAGUAACUUUAUUAUAAGGUGUGGGAUAAUUGCAUAUAAAACUGUUUCUGUUUGUUUAAAAAAUGCUUUUAAAAGUUAUAUUAUUGAAACAAAUAUGUAUGCUUUAAUCCCUAUUUUGAAAGUAUGUAAUUUUAAAUAAAUAUUUACAAAAAAAAAACAACAUAAAAAAAACAAGUAGUUAAAUUUUAAAAAAUUAAAUUAUAAGAACAAUGUUGUAAACUUAAAAUAAACAAUUUAUCUAAUUUAUUUUAUAAAUAAAUAUGACUUGUGAAACGAAACAGGAAAUUAAUAGAAUGAUAUGGUAGGAGUUGUUAAAUUAUAUUGCAAAUAAUGUAAAAUUUAAUUAUUUUUUAUGUACGCUAAGUUUUCAAUAUUUUAUUUAAAAAAUAAAUUUUAACCAAUUAGAAAAAAAAAAUUGAAUUGAUAAAUUACAAAUAAUAAAAAUUUUAUGUAGAUGUAUAAAUUUAUACAUCUAUAUUAUAUACAUUUAUACAAAUAUCUUAAUUGACAAAUUGUAAAAUGUAAUGUAAUUUGUAAAUAUAAAUUAAAUAUGUAUUCGUGGUCACUGAAAGAGCUAUGCUUUAUAAAUCUCAAAACUUACAAAAAAUGUUUUUUCAACAUUUCAUAUUAAUUUAAUGUACCUAUUAAUAUUAGUCUGUGUUGGGAAUUUCGCGUAUAAUGUGCAACAACUCUUAUUAAUAGGUGGGUCAUAAUUUUUAUGUAAUAAGAAUUACCUACUUGUUGUUUUCUUUAAAGUUUUUACAGUUGAUUGUGACCUUAAUGGUUUUGUUUCUUUAAGUCCGUAGAUAAUAAUAAAUUAAUAUAAUAUAUGUACAUGAUUAUAAAGAAAUUCUAAAAAUUUACUCUACUAUACUUUAUUCUUUAAAUAUAUGUAUAAAUAUACUUAAGCGUACAUAUAUAGCACAAAUUUAUGCUAUAAUAGAUUUUGAGUUAAACGCAUGAUGUGUAUCAUAUAUGUAUUUAAUGUUAUUAAAGUAAAGGGAAUAAAUGCAUUAUACACGUACGCAGAUGUAAAUACGUUUUUAAAAGUAACGAAAAAGAAAACUGAAAUUUAAUUUUAGUUCUUUAUCAUAGAUUUUUAAUCAAUUAAAUAAUUGUUUAUAUAUAUUAAAAAAAGUUAUACAUAUGUAUUUAGUAAACAGAAAUUAAAAAAUUUAUUUUGAUUAAAAGUAUAAUUAUAUCUUCUAUUUUUACUUCUUCAAUUUCAUUUUAAUAUGUAUGUAUAUUAAACAAUAUAAAUAUUUUUACAUAAUUUUUCAAUUUAAUUAGGUUCCCACUGUUUUGUCUUUUCUUAUUUACGUCAAAAACGAGAUCAUUGACAAAAAAUAUUGGUUAAUAAUUAAGAGUAGUUAGUAUUCGGGGAUUUUCGAUUUAGAAAUGUACUUAGGGUUCUAACUUAAAUCUUAAAAAUCUUUUACAUCAUCACUACAGAUCAACUUUUCUACUUUUUCAAAUUUUUAAUAUUUUACAUUUUUCUAAGUGAUUUUUUUCAAACUCAAAAUAUUUUUGCGCUAUUUAACAAAAAAAUCUUUAAAAUAUUAAAAUAUUUUAAAACUUGCUACAAUUUUCGAACGUGUUUCUUUUAUACAAAAAAACGGUAGACCUUACUACAAUUUAAGUUUUUGUAGUUUUGAUUUAUCGAACAUGCUUCAUAUUAAGAUCUAAGUUAGAACUGAAUUUUCGAAAAUUACCGUGUUCCGAAAAUUUUACUAUUAACUUUUUUAAAGAUUUUAUAUAGUUUACUUUUUUAUGAUUUUAGUGUAGUAGAGAUUUUGAGUAGAACAUACAAAAUCUUCGAAAUUAUUGGACGCUGUAAUUAGAGUUUAUAUUUUACUUUCGGUUUAUAUUUUUUUGGAUUUUACAAAAAAGUAUCAUCCAUUAAGUAACUCUUUCAUUUUUUUUUCAUACUAUACUCGAUAUUUUAUAUAUGAACAAUUAAUAGUAAAAUUCUUUUUAGAGUUAUAAAGUUGUUAAUUGCUGUACAAAUGUGUACAAUGUGGUUAGAAUUUAUUGUUGUUUAAUUAACAACAAAAAUAUUUCUUGUAAAAAGCAUAUUAUACAUUAAUAGAAUAAAUUAAUCUCAUAAAAUGCCGAUCAUAUGUUUAUUUAUUAAACUAUGUUUGCAUUGCUACGAUUUUAGCUUUGUGCAGGCUAUUUAUUUUAUUUUAGUUUAUCAGAUAGUUGCGUAUAUAUUUAAAAUAAAAGUUAUUUAAGAAUGUAAAAUAUUUAGAUUUACUAUAUUUAUACACAUCUUUAGAAAAACAAAUCAAUAUUUUUGUUUUGAAAUCCUAUUUAAGUAGAAAUUUAUAAAACAAUCUGCACAUUGACACCUUUAUAAUUUUGUUUAAUUUCUAUUUCUGAGUUUUGGUAGAUAUGAAAUAAUAAUUUUAAAACAAAAAUCAUUCUUAUUUCUGACUAGUUUUAUAACAACUAUAUUAGAAUUAAAUUAUUAAAUGAGGCGUUUGAUAAAAACUCUGUAAGAAAAAUAUAGUUUAUUAGCUUCAGUUACCCACUUAUUGGUCAUAAAGAAAUGCACUUAAUGUGUAAAAUUAAAUGUGCAAUAGACUUAUAAAUUUAUAAGAUAUAAAUGUGUAGCUUAUAGAAAUAAGAUUAUUCAAUAUAAAAGAAAAAUUAUUCAAUAUACAUAUGUAUAUGUAUUGAUUAUUAAAAUGAUAUACAAACUAUAAAGAAACCGUAAGUAUGUUAAUAUACAGAGCAGAUAAUUUAUAAUUGAAACACGUUCUUCAAUUUCAAAUGGCAAUUAAAUUGUGUACCAGAACGAUCUACUAAUUUUAAUUUGGAUCUUGAGUUAAGUAAAAUUUAAAAUAGGGAAUUAAAAUUUGUAAAUUUUUAUAUUUAAAAAAUAAGACAUUUCAUUUUUAAAUUUUUUUUUUCAAUAUUAAAUGGCACUUUUUUUCAAUUAUAUUGCAAGUACUGUACGUAUUACUAUUUUAUCUAUGAAACAAAGAAAAUAUUCAAGAAUAUAAAUUUAAAAAAAAAUUCAUAGGCAAAAUUUUUAAUUCUAGGUUUCCAGUUUACAAAAUAAUACAAUUUUUAAAAUAAAAAAUUUUCAACAAU